AUGGCUUCGUGCUCUUGGUGCUACUGCUUUGUCUCUUUGUAUCUGCCGGAGCUCAGCAAGCAUAGAGGACAAGGACAGAUCCAACUGAAGGUAUGUCCAGUUUGUUCGCAAAACGCGGCGGCUCUGAACGCGGUGCUCGUCACGCUCGGGCAGACGGCAUCGCCGGGAUGGAAAUGGAACGUCAGCGGCGACCCCUGCUCCAACACAGCUACGAACGACACCAGCAUCGUCCACGUCAACCCACCAAACUUUAACCCCAACUUCAUGUGUGACUGCACCGACCAGAACAACAUCUGCCACAUCACCGGGCUGACUAUAAAUGAGUUGAAUGCAGUUGGACCCAUUCCAGAAGAACUGCGGAACCUCAGGCACUUGACAAAUCUAAAUCUUUGGGGAAAUUACUUAACAGGGCCUUUACCAUCAUUCCUUGGGGAAUUGACUGCAUUGCAAUACUUGAGUCUGAGCGUCAACGCGUUAUCUGGAUCCGUUCCAAAGGAGCUCGGAAACCUUACAAAUCUCAUGAACUCUUCCUCCUUUGCUGUCAAUUGUGGGAGCACGAGAUCCAUAGCAGGUUCAGAUAGUUCCAUGUAUAGCCCUGAUAAUGCCAACAUUGAACAUGCAUCUUAUUACGUUGCUGGAGCAAGAACAUGGGGCGUUAGCAAUGUUGGGAAGUUUGUGGCAGCACCUUCAGGAACUGAAAUACUCUCCAAAUCACGCCAGUUUCAGAAUACAACAGAACAAGAAUUGUUCCAAACAGGAAGGAUGUCACCAUCAUCUUUAAGAUACUAUGGCAUUGGACUUGAGAAUGGAAACUAUACGGUCACACUUAAAUUUGCAGAGAUGGACAUCGAACAUUCGCAGACAUGGAAGAGUGUAGGGAGAAGGGUUUUUGAUAUCUAUGUCCAAGGAGAGCGUAAGGAGCAGAACUUCGACAUAAAGAAGGCAGCAGGAGGAAAAUCUUACACUGCUGUCGAGAAGCAGUAUACUGUUCCUGUCACUAGAAACUUCCUUGAAAUUCAUCUCUUCUGGGCUGGCAAGGGCACUUGUUGCAUCCCUACUCCAGGCUAUUAUGGGCCUUCGAUCUCUGCUUUGAGUGCAACUCCAGAUUUCAAACCUACAGUGUGUAAUGCUGCCCAGACGAAGCGUACUAGCAAAACAGGUGUAGCUGUUGGGGUUGUGGUUGGUGCAGCAGUUUUAGGACUAGUAGUGCUCUCUGGACUCUAUGUGUUGAGGCAGAAAAGUAGAAAAUUGUCAUUGGACAAACGAGAGCUGUACAGUUUUGUUGGAAGACCAAAUGUAUUUAGUUACAGUUAUGGUGAACUAAGGACCGCUAGUGAAAAUUUUAAUUCCACUAACCUUCUUGGUGAAGGAGGAUACGGGGCAGUUUAUAAGAUCUCAGAUUUUGGACUCGCUAAACUUUAUGAUGACAAGAAGACGCAUGUCAGCACAAAAGUUGCCAGUACAUUUGGUUAUCUAGCACCUGAGUACGCCAUGAGAGGUCAUGUAACGGAGAAAGUUGAUGUAUUUGCUUUUGGCGUGGUCAUAUUGGAAGCAAUAGCUGGAAGGCCAAACUAUGAUGAUAGGCUUGACGAAGACAGGGCCUAUCUUUUAGAAUGGGUCUGGCAAUUGUACGAGGAAGGCCGUCCUCUCGACGUCGUGGACCCGAGUCUCAUGGAAUUCGUCAGCGACGAGGUUCUCCGUGCCAUCCGCGUCGGCCUCCUCUGCAUCCAGAGCUCACCUCGGCAGCGGCCAUCCAUGUCAAAGGUGGUGUCCAUGCUCACAGAAGACAUCGAAGUGCCAGAGGCAGUCACGAAGCCCAGCUACGUCACCGAGUGGCAGGCGAGCUCGAGCAAGAGGGAGGUGGCCAGGUGGGCAUGUCGGCAUCGUCGUACCUGA